AUGCCGUUCUACGCGAGCACCAGCCUGGAGUUUGGCCGCGACAUGCACGCCAUGAUGACGAGGCGGGACUGCGCGGCGACGCACGGCCACCACCACCAUCGCCACCACCAGCUCAAGGCAAAGGGCCCGAUGGGCAAGGGGGCGCGCCUGUACAAGAGCAUCAUGGAUGAUCUCAUGGAUGAUCUUCUGGAUGGCGCGAGAGGGGAGGAUGAGGACGUGGGUGAGGGCGAGAAGGCGUGCGGAGGCCACGGAGAGACGGGCGAGGACGAGGCAGGCGUUAGCAUCUUCUGCGAGGGUGCCGACGGGGCUGUAUACCGCCGGUACUCGUACUCAGCCCACAUGGCGAGCACGCUUGGGCUGCUCGAGGUGGCGCCGAUGGAGGAGGUGGAUGUGUGAGCGAUGUUGUUGUAUGAAAGCAGAUGAAAGAUGUCGCUAUUUCGUCGGAAUUAAUCGAUAACAUGUUCAAGGAAUUACGCUUUACUUUAUUAAACUUUACUUGGUCUCCUCCUUCUCCUUUGCGGCCUGCAUCUCCUUAUCCCUC